CGGGGAGUACACAUAGUUACUCCAUCAGUUAUGUCGCAUUUAAGGUGUGCAUGUUUCAUCCUGUUCCUAAUCAUUAUUUCACUAACAAUGUCUGCUGUAUUUUACCUGGCUUCCAGUAAACCGCUGAUACCAACUGCUGAAAGGAUCCACGUUCCCAUGCCUAAUGCCAGCUAUCAGCAAAAGUCAUGCUCUUGUCCAGAAGGAUCUGAAAAUCUAAGGAACUAUGUGAACCAGCAUGAAUUCAGAAACAUUGUUAAACGGAGAGCUGAAGAGUAUAAAAAGUAUAAGAGAAGGAAAAAUUCAAUACUAAACCAACUUCUGUUAGCGCCACCAAACUCUCCUCUCCAAUAUCCAAUCCAAGGAUUCAUUGUUAUUCCUCUCCAGAAGACCCUCAUUCCAGGUUUAAGUGUGCAUGGUGUGCAAAUCCAAAACCUCCAGGUGACACUGAGUGUGAGUAGUGGGGUCCUGGCAGUGGAAAGUCUUCAGGAAAAGGGCAAAGUGAAGGGGCAGGGUGAGAAGGUGCUCACCAUUAAUGCCUCCAGCCUGCAGUCUCUCAAUCACCUGCUGGGUUGGGUGUCCUACAGAAGCACUGUGUACAGCAUCAAGUCUGGAGCUCUGGUACGUUUUGUGUGGGGGCAGCAUGAAGCCAUCUUCCCUGUGGAGAUCCGACAGCCUACAGUACCAGUUCUGUAUGACCUCGGAGAGGACAUCAACUCCCAGGUGACAGUGACAACAAAGGUCUUCCUGAGGUACCCUGAGGUGAACAGGCUGGUCAGCAGUAUCAGGAAGUUUUACAAAGACGUGAAGAUCAUCAUUGCGGAUGACAGCAUUGACCCACAGAAAGUGAACGGAGAGAACAUUGAGCAGUACUUCAUGCCCCCUGCCCAGGGCUGGUUUGCUGGCAGGAACCUUGCCGUCUCACAGGUCACCACCAAGUACUUUCUGUGGGUGGACGACGACUUUCUGUUCACAGACAAAACCAAGAUUGAGAAAUUUGUAGAAAUUAUGGAGUCUUUGCCUGAAUUGGAUGUGGUUGCUGGGUCGGUCAAUGGAAACACAUUUCCUUUCAAACUCUUCUAUGAGGAGGGCGAUGAGGAAGGUGGCUGUUUAACCAGAGUAAAAGGCACCUACCAGCCCAUUCCAGGCAACCCAGACUGCUUCUUUGCCUCUGUGGUGGUCAACUUCUUCCUGGCUCGGACAGACUCUGUUCGCAAAGUGGGCUUCGACCCACUGCUGAAAAGAGUGGGCCACUCAGAGUUCUUCAUGGAUGGGUUGGGGGAAUUACUGGCAGCCAUUUGCCCUGCAAUCAACAUUGACCACAAGUCUGGAAAUAAAAAUGCAAAAUAUAAGACUUUUCGGCAUCCAGAAAAGAGUGACACCAACAGCAAACUGUGUCUUCACUUCUUCAAGAAUCAUCUCAAAUGUAUUCGGUGGUGAACAAACUGUAUCUUCACUUUUUCUAGAAUCAUCUAGAAUGCAGAACAAAGUGUAGUGGUGAACACAGCGUAAAUCUGCUGCUGCGUACAGAUAACGGCUGAACUGUGUGUGUGCGCGAGUGUGAAAAUGUGAACUAAGAAUGAAAUUAAACCAAAACGUAAAUCGAACCUUAAUUACUCAAACCUAUUAAUAGUACUUUUAGUUAUUUAUCAAUCCUAUAAAUUUCUAAAAAUUACAGCAACUGUACUUUUGUUUAUGAUUCCAUCUCUUCCUCACAUGCAUCUAUAAUAAAGAAAAUAUGGAAGCCUUUCUGAAGACAUGGGGCAUAUAGAAACCCCAAAACACAAGAAUAGGACCAGAAUGCACCCACCAGUAACCACCAGGUUUGGUUGUAAAAUACCUAUAAUUAGUACUCGAAUAUGGAUUGCUUUGCUUUCAGAGCCAUGUAAUCAGUUACAUAUCCAGUUUCAGUUUUUAAAGGGAAGUCUACUGUUUAAAAAACAAACAAUAAAAACAAAACUGAAAACCCAAAUUUUAAAAUAAACUGAGUGGCACUGAAUCAAGUCGGCAGUAUUGGCUAUUUUGCUAUUUGAAAUUUAAUGUAAUGGCAUAAAAUUUAAUUGCAUUGCAUUUUAAUUUAAAGUUUGCUCACAGCUGGAUUCUCCCAACUGGCCAUGAUGCCCAUUAACCACUUGGUGGUGCUAUAAGACAGAAAAGAUUUCAAUGCUGAAGCACAAUUACUCACCAAUUUGAGGCAAAUUUGCCCAGUGUCUCUAGAUCGCUCUGAACGAGAAAAAAAAUAGCUUGACCUGUUGACUUUUAAAUGAUGCUCUCUGUGUGCUUAGUAUUUCAAUACAUUUUAUUUCCAUAGCUUCAAUCACAGAGCUUCAACCACGGAGCUCAAAAGCUUCUCAACAUCAGAAAUUAAAUUACUUGAGGAAUUAAAAGUAUACUAAAUGAGAGCCAAUCAAAUGAAGAUGAUCCCAUCCAGACCCAUCCAGGCUUAUGAGACCGUUUUAAACGCCCUCUCAACACAAUUAGCGGUUUUAUUUGUGCAAUAUGACCACUGGCCAAUAUGGACACCAGAUUCCCAAAUGAGUGAAAUGCAGCAACGGGUGGAUGUUUAUAUUUAGGUGUUCUUGAUAAGCAGUGAACAUAACUUUUUCUGGCUGAGCUCUGUCCGCGGCGUCCCGAAGGAGCCUCUUUCUGGGAAGAGGUCCACCGGCGAUGAAGCUGCCGCUCGACGAGACAUCCGGGAACGUGGCCAGCCGACUCUCUCACACGCACUCCCACGCAGGCCUACGACACAGACCAUAGCGUGCCCAUGUUAGCCAUAGCUCCUGAGGUCACGCGUGGCUGGCUCGUCACACUGCCGUCUGAUUCCUGCCAUCUUCUGUUACAGUUUGUAAAUCUACAUAUUUUGUUACAAUUUGUAAAAAGAGUAAGCCAAGCAGCAAGAAACGUUUUAUACGUCAGAAAGGUAUCCUCGUAAGUACAGCAUGCAAUAAGAACACAGACCAAUAGCCAGUAAUUGGGUUAAAAUAUUGACUACCAUUUCAUGCAUUUUUGUGGAAUUCACUUACACCUUACGUGCGUUCAAGACAGCGCACGUUGAACUAUGAACAUUGAACUAUGUUUGCAGCAAGCGGUUACUGUUGAACGAUUUUAAAUGAACAUUGUAUUUAGUUCACCACCGACGCCUUUUUAAUACAAGUGGUCUAACGAUAGUAGUUAGCUGCUUUGUUUCUUACCUGUGAUUUGUUUUUACAACCAAAUGAUUGUCAACUUUUUCGUCGUUUUCCCAAUCAGCAGCCGCGCGCUGCCUUUUCAAACAGUAAACGUUAAAAAAAGAUAUUAAAGGCAUGAUCAUUUUUUAAUCUAGACAAACUUAAAAAGAUAAUAAUAUAUAAGUGGAUAUAGAUGGAGAGUAAAAGUAUUGCUUUUCUUAAAAAAAAAAAAGCACUAAAAAAAAAUUCUAUUCAGUAUGAAUUUUUCAUUUCAAAUUGGCUUUUAUUUUAUGGUCCGUAAGCUUUGUUGUGUUUAUGUCUGUCUGGGACAUGGGGACGCCUCCAACAGCCAAUAACCGGUCUUAACCCAUCUUUUCCUCACAAAUAAAAUCCACUGUCAAUUGCAAGGUAGAACUAAAGAGAAGAAAUAGCUCAAUUCAUGGUUAAGUGCACAGCUUCAAUGAUAUAAAAGUCAUGGGAAAACAAGAGUCAACACCAGAUUGACUUCGAGUCUGAUGUAACUGAAAGUUUGAAACCUGUAUUGGAAAUAUACUGCAGUAUCUUUUCAUACAUUUUAUAUAGCUAAAGAGCCUUGGGUCAGAAUGUUGCAAAGUAUACAAAGUUGGUACAGGACUUUUGAAGACAGCAUUACAUGUUUAUUGUUUAAUCCCUCAAAAAUUAAAAAUAAAUCAUACAGCAUCAAAUUGACCCCAAACAUAAUGAGGGUUAAGCUUUUAAAAUUGCAUUGACAUACUGAAGUAUGUUGCAUGUUUAAGAACCAUGUAGUUUUGAAUAAAUCUUUUGAAAUCACA